UUGCAUUUCAACUUACACACCAACUUUGAAGCUUUUGUUGAGGAAUGAUGAACAUGAAGAUGAUGUGGAGUUUUGGGAUCAUUCUCACUUUGCUACUUCUUCAUGUGGAUGCUAGAUUUGACUUCAUGUCUAUCACUAGAGGAACAAGAUGCAAUUCAUGCUUGGAAGCAUCAAGAAAAGCAGACAAAGCAUUGAAGAACAAGGACAUGUUCAAUGAUGUCAAUGUUCUUUCAAACCAAGUUUGUCAAUCUCUUCCUUCUGAUUUACAAUCCAAGUGUUUGAGGAAAUCAAGUGAUCAAAUAGAACAAAGCCGUGUUCAAAUGCAAGAAAUCUUCCAUGAACAAAACCUCUGCAACAAAACUGGAUUGUGCUUUGAUGAAGUCACAGAUGUUAUUGAUAAUAAAAAUUCUUCAGAGAAUACAAACUGUGUGAAUCGCGCGGACGAAUGCAGUGAUUGUACGUAUGCGAUCGAGAAUUUUAUUUAUCAACUUGCAGAUCCAAAAGUGAAGAAUAAAGUGACCGAUGCAGCGCUUGAUUACUGUGAUGAGUCCGAAGGAAAUCGAAAGAGAUGCAAGCAAGCGGUAUAUCGAUAUGGAAGAAUAGUUCUUCAUAAACUAGAGCAAGUGAAGGCUAAAGACUUGUGCAUGGUGUUGAACUUGUGUGAUGUGAUAUGAUCAAUUUUGAUCAAUGUGAUCAAAAUUGAGAUGCCGCCAUUUGAUUCGAGCUUCAAUAAUUUAUGG